ACCUGGAGAUCUCUGGGUGGAUGGAGGCAUUGGGAUUUUACAUCCUGCCACUAGUAGUACAGGAGGCAUUCAAAAGGCAUUGUGAAGCCGCAUCCUUUAUUUAAAAUAGUCACAACCGGGGAAGGGCAGAAGAGUAAUUGAGCCCAGCUUUGAAACUGAGAUCUGCCAAACCCAUUGAUUAACUAUGGAGGACUAUACCAAAAUAGAGAAAAUUGGAGAAGGUACCUAUGGAGUUGUGUAUAAGGGUAGACACAAAACUACAGGUCAAGUGGUAGCCAUGAAGAAAAUCAGACUAGAAAGUGAAGAGGAAGGAGUUCCUAGUACUGCAAUUCGGGAAAUAUCUCUAUUAAAAGAACUUCGUCAUCCAAAUAUAGUCAGUCUUCAAGAUGUGCUUAUGCAGGAUUCCAGGUUAUAUCUCAUCUUUGAAUUCCUUUCCAUGGAUCUCAAGAAAUACUUGGAUUCUAUCCCUCCUGGUCAGUUCAUGGAUCCUUCACUUGUUAAGAGUUAUUUGUACCAAAUCCUGCAAGGGAUUGUGUUUUGUCACUCUAGAAGAGUUCUACACCGAGACUUAAAACCUCAAAAUCUAUUGAUUGAUGAUAAAGGAACAAUAAAACUGGCUGAUUUUGGCCUUGCCAGAGCUUUUGGAAUACCUAUUAGAGUAUAUACUCAUGAGGUAGUAACACUCUGGUAUAGAUCUCCAGAAGUAUUGCUGGGGUCAGCUCGCUACUCAACUCCAGUUGACAUUUGGAGUAUAGGUACCAUAUUUGCUGAAUUAGCAACUAAGAAACCACUUUUCCAUGGGGAUUCAGAAAUCGAUCAACUCUUCAGAAUUUUCAGAGCUUUGGGCACUCCCAAUAAUGAAGUAUGGCCAGAAGUGGAAUCUUUACAGGACUAUAAGAAUACAUUUCCCAAGUGGAAACCAGGAAGCUUAGCAUCCCAUGUCAAAAACUUGGAUGAAAAUGGCUUGGAUUUGCUCUCGAAAAUGUUAGUCUAUGAUCCUGCCAAGCGAAUUUCUGGCAAAAUGGCACUGAAUCAUCCGUACUUUAAUGAUCUGGACAAUCAGAUUAAGAAGAUGUAGCUUCCUCACAGAGUUUCCAUGUGUCGUGUCAAGAACAGAUCAUUGUAUUUUUACUGUUAACUCUGUUUCUGUCUUGUGUGUAUUUUUCUUUUCUUUGUUGUAAAACUUCAGUUGUACCUCAUCUUCUGAUUUCAAAAGUGUAACUUAAAAAUGUAAAUACUGUUCUAUAUGAAUUUAAAUAUAAUAAUUCUGUAUAUGUUUGUAGAUCCCACUGUAACAACUGUGACUGUAAUAAAACUAUAUAAAUCUA